AAUCCCAGUAUCCCACUCCCAGCCGCAUCCCUCUCUCCCUACUACCUCUCCCUAGCAGCGGAGCAGCUUCUCUCCCAGCCGCAGCUCCUCCCUCUGUCCCCUCUCCCAAAACCCCUCUCUCUCCACGCUUCUCCCUCACUCUCCCAGCCGCUGCAGCCGCGCUGCCCUCCGCCCCGGCGCCCGUCGCGCUGCCCUCCCAUCUCCCUCCGGUGUUGUGUUGUCAUUUGUCAGGUAGCCGCCUCCCCCCCCCCCCCCCCCCCCCCCCUCUUCAGCUUGUUCUCCGCGGCGGCGGCGGCGGCGGCUUGGAUCGGAGCGGAGGGAGAAGAUGGUGGCAUCAAUCAGGGUGCCCAAGACCCAACGCGCCAGGAGGGAGCUUCUCAAGCACGCGCCCAAGCUUGUUGAGACCAGCAAGAAGACACUGAUCCUCCAUGGUACCAAGACUAGUGCUGUGUUGAACUCUGUGCUGUCAGAUAUUUACCACCUAAAGCGUGAUAAUGCUGUGAAAUAUACCAAGAAGAAUGACAACAUUAGGCCUUUUGAAAGUGGUGGAGAAUCUUCUCUGGAAUUUUUCUCCCUCAAGGCAGACUGUAGCCUUAUAGUGUAUGGUUCUCAUUCAAAGAAGAGGCCCAACAAUCUGAUUUUGGCUAGAACGUAUGACCACCACAUAUAUGACCUUGUUGAAGUAGGAGUUGAGAACUACAAGUCAAUGGAAUCUUAUGUUUAUGAUAAGAAGCUAGCACCAUUACUUGGAUCGAAGCCUUUCUUUGCUUUCAUAGGGGAACACUUUGAGAGUUCUGAAGAGCUGAAACAUUUGAAAGAAGUGCUGCUUGAUCUUUUCAGAGGAGAGGUCGUAGAGAAUCUGAACCUUGCCGGUGUGGAUCGGAUCUAUGUGUGCACUGCAAUCUCUCCCACCACUGUCUACAUGAUGCACUGUGCUCUCCGUCUAAAAAGGUCAGGUACAUCUAUUCCUAGGAUGGAGCUGGUCGAAGUUGGACCUUCAAUGGAUCUGGUUGUAAGGAGGCACAGACUUCCAGCUGAAAGUUUGAAGAAAGAAGCUAUGAAGACCGCUGAACAUGCUAAGAAGAUGAAAAAUGUCACCAAGGAUCCAGUGCAGGGCAAGCUGGGCAAGGUCUACAUGCCAGACCAGCAGGUUGGAAAGUUGACCUUAUCAAACGACGUAAAGGGACUAAAGAGGGAGCGCCGCGAAGCCAAGAAAAAUCAGGACUCAAAGAAGCAAAAGGUCAACCCUGAGUAAAGAGCACUGAAGUUUACCUUUGUAUCUGUUUCCAACUGCUGUGUUAUCCAAGUAGAAGUUGCUCGCUGUCAGAUUAGUGCCAUCUUGUUAGGCUAAAGAUCUCUGUACGACUUUCACAUCAGUAUUGUGUACCAAUCCAUGUUAUGACAUAAGCAUGGAAUUUUGAGAAUGUGUUAUCCUAUCAAAUAUCAAACGUCUUCUGAGGUCUCAAGCCCUGUUAAAGGAGGAUUGUGGUAGGCUUGGUGAGCCAGCGUUAAAGCUAGCCAUUCUAAUGGAGAUCGACAACCAGAAUGCCUAAAGGUUUAGCCUUGA